AUGGCGUCCCCAGACAAGCAAGACUCGUCGAUCCAAGCUGGUCUUGACGAGAGCGCUGAGCUCGACCAUCGCAUCCAGGCGCUGCCACAAGAGCUGCAAGACGAGAUCCUCGACUUGACGGUCGCCAUCAAGCCGACAACGGUGGUGAUCGACAAGUCUUACAAGCCGCCAUGGCAGCUCGCCAUCGACCAAGCCUUGCGCCGAAAGGUGGCACAGGACUACUACAGCUCCACGAUCUUUGUUGUGGAAGACGGCCGCGCAAAGCCUCCACUCCUCCGGUCCUGGCUCACUUCUCUGCCCGCAGAUCACACGCAUCUCGUGUCGGAAAUUCGACUGCACUGGAAGAACGACCCCACUGACUGGUCCUACGCGGCUUCCAACGAAGUCAGUUUUGCCAAACUGAGAAUCUGGUGGAGUUGGUGUGCACGGAAGAUGAAGAACACUUUUGGGAUCGCGGACAGUGUCGUCAGGACCAAGAUGCGUGUGGACGAUGGUGAAGGAGGCGCGCGCGUCUUGUGGGUCUCGAUUUUGGAGGCGCACGGGACGCGUCGAUGGUACACGCGACUGAGUAGAGAUCCCGUUGAGCAUUCUAUCGGUUUCGACUAG